AUGGGGUCGGCAUACAAUCCCGAUGGCCAACCGAGUCCCUUGUCGUCUCCGUUGGGUCCCCUUUCCGAGUCGCCCGAGUCUGAGUCGGGGUUUCAAAAUCUUUCCUUGCAGACAGACCAGCCCUUGAGAGGCUCGGUGGACAGUCUCUCCUCGGGAUAUGACAACCUUUCAAGAUCUCCAUUAUUCGAAAGCGAACAUGGAAUCGGUCCGACUGGGCUGGACCGUAUACGCCAGCAUCAACCGUCGCGCCUUUUGACGCUUCCCAACCAGUCGACGUCGUCACUGCUCCCGAUGACAGCCUCAUCCAUACGUCCGUCGCCGACGCCACGCUCCGCUUCUUCCUCGCGGGCUCCUACCGGCCGCAUGUCACUGAGCGCCUUCGGUGAUCUGGAGGACCUCCAUAGGUUUCCUUUGGAAUCUUUACACUCAUUUUCUUUCGCACAGCAAUCCGAAGAGCUACUGCACAAUCGGCAGAACCUUCUCAAGAGGUCGAUUGAUUUCAUGCGCGAUCGCAUGGGAUGGGCGGCCAGUAAUGCUGGACUCGCGAACGCCCAGGCGAAUGUGACGGGCGACUCUGAUAUUCAAAAUAUGAUGGACCUCUUGACGCGGGCCCACGUUUUGGGUGAGGAUCAUGCCAACCGGACACAAGGACCCAUCACUGGACCUGCAGAUGUGAACGGGGACAACAUUUUCGAGAGAGCCUUUUCGGAACGCGGCUCUCCCAUCAGCCCUCGGCAUGCGCCCCAGGAAUCGGCACCAGGAUCCCAGGCCACAUCGGACAGUUCGCAACUGCUCAGUCCCCUUUCAUCCAAUGAUCGUAUACCGCAAUCUCGGAGGGACCUGCUAUCGGCACCAUCGUCUAGGCGCGUAAGCUUAAAACGUACAUAUACGGACCUCAACACUGCCUCCCUCAAAAGCAAGCUGAUGGAGACUCUAGCGCAACCAUACGCCUCCACGGAUCCCUUCGCCUCCCUCUCUUCAUCUACCGCUGGAUUGGGAUUCCCCAUGCCUGCCCUGCACACCCACAGCAGCAAGUGGACCCCGGUUUCCCAGGCCGUGUUUCGCACCGAAGCCAAAGCACCAUGGACCAUUUUUGCGGCCAACGAUCUCUCGUGUCUCAUAUUUGGAGUCGCUCAAUCCGAGGUUCGUCGGCUCAGUAUCCUAGAGGUUGUACAGAAAGAGCAUAGGCAGUGGCUCGAAGCCAAGCUUCGGGACCCCAGCACCGAUGCCACUGCCCGCGCGCCAGUCCCGCAGAAUAGGCCCAACAUUCAAGCGGUAAACCCCAAAUUUCGAGGUCUGGGAAAUGGAGUGACGGCACAGUUGCUCAGUAAACCGUCUUCGCGGGAAAAGGCGUCCCGGCGUGCGCAGACUGAUGAUGGAUACGGCUCUAGCACAAGAAAUCCUCGCAACAACAACCAUCCCGGAAACAAGUCACGGGGCGUGUUGCUGUGCGGCGAUGUCGUGCCGAUUCAGAAGCGCAACGGCACCAAGGGAUCGGCUAGUGUUUGGGUCAUGGAGAAACGUGGCGGUCUGAUCUGGGUAUUGGAGGAGAUCACGGAGAACAUCGCCUCUGUCCGUUGUGACGAAUCCUGGAAUGUCAUGGAAACCGAAGGAGAUGUGGACAAGAUUUGGGGACCAUCCGUAGUUCGUUCCGGUCAGCCGAUCACCGAGCUUCUACCUCGCUUGCCGCCGGAAUCCCUCGCAACUUCCCCCGAGAAGGGACUGGCCAAGAUCGCCGAAUUGAAGCACUUCGCCGCUCUCACCGCUGCCGGCGUGUGCAUCCCAGUGAAGGUAGGCAAGGCGGGUGGAGCUCGCACUUUGCAGGUGUCGAGUUUCCCGCACGUCGCAGGCAUGAUGGUUAUAUCCUCUGCGAGUUUGAACGUUAUCAGCUCGAACUCUGUGUUUUCGUCAGCCCUAUUCGGUCAAGAACGCCCAGAGGGACGGCACAUUACGGAAUUGGUGCCAGGAUUCGACGAGAUCUUGGAUGUGCUAACAGAGGAGGACAACGUGCCGUUGGUCGACGGUAUCGUGAUCCCUGAACAUAGCUUCCGUCGAGCCCGAACCCUGUCCAUUCUUCGGGACGGCAAAGCGAACGCCGCCUCCGUCUUCACCGAACCUAGUGGCUUGCUGGCUAAACACCGAGACGGCUCCACUAUCGUGGUGGAUGUCCAGUUACGAGUGGUCAAGAGCGGCACUUUUUUCACCAAGGAACAGGCGCAGAGAUUGGAAGAACGCGCCAGCGAUUCAGAGGACAGUGACGACACUAUUGCGGUGACAGAGCUGGUUUAUGCUUUGUGGAUCACCUACUCCAGGCAUAUUCACGCUGCUGGACCAGUGGCCAACAUUUCGUCAUCCUCCCUGACUACUUCCAAGCCGACUUCUCCUGUUCCUGCCCCCACAUCGGAUCGCUCAGCUACCGCCACGCCUAGUGAGCAGACUUCUGGCGCCGGCCGUCCUUCGCUGGAAAUUAGAGCUUCGAGCUCAACCCUCAGCCAGCAGCUCAGCGAAGCUGCCUCGGAGCCUCUCACGGAUCGACCGGUGCAGCCAGUCCCCGAAGUCACCGCCAAAGGACAGUCUCCGCAGAAGCGGACCAUUCACGACUAUGUCAUCGUGGAGGAAAUGGGACAAGGUGCCUACGGGCAGGUCAAGCUGGCCCGUGUGAAGAAGAACCCUCAACAGAAGAUGGUGUUGAAAUACGUGACGAAGAAACGGAUCCUGGUGGACACGUGGACACGCGACAGACGGCUCGGCACGGUACCUUUGGAGAUCCACGUUUUGGACUUCCUUCGCCGAGACGGGUACAAGCACCCGAACAUCGUGGAGAUGGAAGGGUUCUUUGAGGACGACAUCAAUUACUACAUCGAGAUGAUCCCACACGGACUGCCGGGGAUGGACCUCUUCGACUACAUUGAGCUGAAGGCCAACAUGGACGAGUCGGAAUGUCGCAACAUCUUUAAGCAGGUCGUAAGUGCUAUUUACCACCUGCACACCAAGGCCCUCGUGGUACACCGCGACAUCAAGGAUGAGAACGUGGUGUUGGAUGGAGAGGGGCGGAUCAAGUUGAUCGACUUCGGCAGUGCGGCCUACAUCAAGAACGGGCCGUUUGAUGUCUUUGUCGGCACGAUCGAUUACGCCGCUCCCGAAGUCCUGCAAGGCAAGUCCUACCGGGGCAAAGAACAGGAUAUCUGGGCCCUGGGCAUUUUGCUCUAUACAAUCGUCUACAAAGAGAACCCGUUUUACAACGUCGACGAAAUCCUCGAUCACCCACUCCGCAUCCCCUUCCUCCCCUUCUCGGAAGCCUGUAUCGACCUGAUUCGGAAGAUGCUGGACCGCGACGUCGACAACCGACUCACCAUCACGGAAGUGCUCGAGCACUCGUGGAUGGCAGAGAACUGAAGGCCCCGUACACCAACGCAUAUUUUAUGACCCAGAAAAAAAAAAGACACGAUACCCCAUGA